GAAGGGACAGGUAGGCACAGGUGUGUACCUCGGCGGGAUUUGGUUAUUUCAAGGCAUCCAUGACAUACAAUUUAGUCUCACACAGUUAACAUGAAGAACUAGUAUACCUGUAUAUUCAGGACAUCGACAGCAUCAAACUUAUAUAAGAUGGCGACGUCGCGGGCUGAGAAAGUUACAGAAUUCCUCACCUGUGUGAUCUGCCAGGAACUGUACACAGACCCCUGUACACUAAGGUGUGAUCACACAUUCUGCAGGAAAUGUGUCACUGCAUACAUCCAAACAAGACCAGAUGCUAUACAGUCCAAGACGAUCCCAUGUGCCUUCUGUCGACAAGAUACCAAGGUCCCCCACCCCAGCAGGCCAGUGGAGGAGUGGGCGGGACAGAUCAAACCCAGCACCAUUAUACAGGGGCUUAUUGACACUCAAGCUGACGUUGUAAAAACCGGUUCCGCUUCAUGUUGCUCAGUGUGUGAGAAGUUAGGGGAGACAACUCCGGGAGCCUCAUGGUGUUCUGAGUGUCAAGUGUCCCUCUGCGAGAGAUGUGCCAAGAUGCAUGUUGCAAAUCCAGCAUCACAUGACCAUGAAAUCUGUGACCUUUCAGGAGAGGUCAAGGUAAAGAGGAGGCGCAAGGUCGUGUGCAGGGAGCACAAGGAUGAGGUUAUAAAGCUUGUAUGUAAAGACUGCAACGAAGCUGUGUGUCAGACAUGUUGUGUUAUUUACCACAGGAAAUGUGAGUCAGUCGUUACCAUUCAGUCAAUGAUGCCAACAAUGAAAUACCACUUGAGAAAAAACGCUGAACAUUUGUCAAAGAAAAUUCAUAGAAAGCACACAAUUGUUCAGAAAACAAACAAGAAGGUUAGCGGAAUUGAGAAAAACAAAGUAGCAGUAGAAAGUCACAUCAAAUCUGCUGUUGAGAGAGCCAUCGCUAACAUCAAGCAGAAAGAAAAACAGCUGAUGAAUGAAGUCAAGGAUAUUACAGACAAACAAACUAAGCAACUUAAAGCAGAUGUUAAACUUGAAGAGAUUGAGAUGCAGAUGUACAGACAACAUUGUGAGUUCAUUGACCAGGCCUUGGUAUCGGACUGUGAGAUGGACCUGUAUGACGCGUAUCAGGCCUGGGAGUCGGGGGCUGUAGAGUUGGGGGAUGUCAGGGACUCAGACACAGAAGACACACGGAGAAUAGGAGACAUCAGGUUCACACCUGACACUGACAACGUCCAGCACAUCCUAGAUGACCUACAGCUGGGGAAGAUUGACGUCACAUACCAGGAUCAGGGCACAUGUCUGCUGUCUCCACUGCUGGUUGACACGAUAGAUGGGAAGAUGGCGGGUGAUGAGGUGGAGCCUGAUCUACGUGACAUCACAGUCCUGAUUGUAGAUGGUAUACAGACAGUUGUAGUCACUGACAGAAGGAACAAGUGUGUGAAAUCCUUCUACACUAGAAACAAUCAACUGCGUCAAAGUAGACUUCCCCUGGAUAACUCUCCACGUGGUGUAACACAGUUGAAGGAGAACCUGGUGAUGGUUGCUGUCCCUGACUCCUCGAAGAUUGUAACAGUAGAAGUGACCCCAGAGCUGGUGCUGCUCUCAACCAUCACAACAAGCAAGGCGUACUUCAGUCUAGCUGUUCUGAGACCUUCAUCUCUAGCAGCAGGUGGUGUCGCCUGUGUUGAUAUCCUGGACAUGGGGGGACACGUGCUGAGGUCAGUCACUACACACAACAAUGAGACACUGUUUGCCUGCCCCGACUACAUGUGUGUCAACAACAAGGGCAACAUACUCGUGUCUGACAGGGGGGAGCAGUCUGUGACAUGUGUGACGUUAGAGGGAGAUGUUGUGUGGAGAUACGCCCCUACUGGAGACGGAUCACUCGACCCUUUUGGUAUUUCAACUUCUCCAACAGGAGACAUCCUGCUUGCAGACAUCAGUAAGGUUACAAGACUGACAGAGACAGGGGAUUGUGUCACGGAUCAUAAGGACAUUGGCUGUGAUCCAUGGGGAUUGUAUGUCGAUAGACAUGACACACUGUUUGUGUGUGAUGAAGGUCAGAUACACGAAGUAAACUUCAUGUAGUCAUAUCAAUGAUAGCAUGACUUCAGUCAUCACUAUCACUGGCGUUAAAUUCACUAUAACAACUCAAAAUGGACUCUUCCGAUUGGGGUGUGAAUGAUUAUACAAAGGUGUAUCCACAGACAUUAUUUCCACAUCCUUACACAUCACAUUAUGUGUUUAGCAGCCUGGUUCUCUUUAUUAAAUCGCCUCCGUCUUCCAGUAAGUACAGUGUCGGCCGGGAAGGCGAAAAGCCCGUGGUUUGAUCUCAAUCUGCUCAAGAGAUACCAAUACUUCACUCUAUUCUUAGUAGAUAUGAUAUGGUUUACUUGUUAUUGAAGUGUUCACAUGACUACUUGGACCUGUGGGUGGUCACUUGAUAUAUUGUUUAAUGGCACUAAUGAGUUCCAAUCUCUUGAGACCAUCAGCGGGUUCCCAGGUCGGGUUGGUUACCCGGGCUGUAGAUUUGGACUCGUCCCAGCUCCAUUCAGUACCAUGUUAGGUACAUGGUCCAUUGCACCGUGGUCAUAGAAUGUUUUUACUUUACUAGAUAGUAGAUAGGGUGUUCCAUGUAGGAUGUUUGUGAUGCCAUGAAGUUUGCUUUGUGGAACGUUAUGGUGAGCCACUUAAUAACAAAUAGCUCCUGAAUUAUACUUGUACGGUGGAAACACUUCUACAAUUGUAUCCAUAUCUAUACAGAUUAUAAUAGUGUUGUAGGCAUAGUACAUUCAUUAUUCAGUUGUCAAAAAAAAAAUUGUAAGUGAUUCCAUGUUAUUGCUUGUUUAAAAAUGAAAUUAUUUUUGUUCUUCUGCUCCAUAAUCAGAGACCAUAAAAUAGAUUUAGUUUACUCUGCAUAAACUGAACAAACACUAGGCCACGCACACCCUCGGAUUUGUUUCAUGACUGGCUGAUAAUAGAGUUGGCAGAUCUUGUGUUGCACUAUUGCGCUGUACAUUGUGAUAUUUUGAAUCGUCUGCUCUUUGUUUUUGUUAAUGACUUAAUAGACAGCCUUUGAAGUUGUUUUUGUUGACUUGUAAAAUGUAUUUUUGUGCUUAGAGGGCUAGCACACUCUGCGUUUUAUACACAGAUUAACGCAUGGUAUGCGCACAAGUUUUUUUUAGGUUUAUACCUCCAAACACAAUAAAUAUUGUUAAGUUAAUUCUUAAAUAAAUAAAUUGCAAGCGAGUCCGUUGCAAUAGAUUGGUUAACCUGAAAUAACAUUAGCCCACGCCCACUAGCGAACUACUUGCGUGACGUCGUAGGAAUUCGCGGUGGCUCGCCCGUGAUAUGCAUAGUCCCCAGUUUAAAUAAAAUCAUUGAAAUCAUUGAAAGAAAACUUCAAUCGAUUUCUUUUACUUGUUUGUACCGCACACAUAAUCAUUGUAUCGUUAUAAAUAGCAUUUACACUCAGCAAGAGCAGAAUGUAUUUUUCACAAAUAAAAAACAU